GCUCUUCAGACCUCACAGGCAUCCGAAACAGAAACCUGCGGAUAUAUUUAUAUUUCCUCUCACAAAACUAUAUUUAUUGCACGGUAUGCUGGAGCGUACAGAAAAUGGCUCCAAAAAUAGAAAGCAAUUAGAUUUAUUUUCGCGUUCUUAAUCGAUGCAAUUAAAUCUUAAGUGUACUUAAUGAUAUCGAGCAUAAUCUGUUUCCUCUUCCUUUGAAUGAAACGGUCAUUUACUGCAGGUGAUUUAUUUAUACGGCUGGCUCUCUUGCCAUUUCGCAUGUCUCGCCGGUCGGUCGGUCACUCGGUGCUCAUUGUUUAACACUGUUGGGCUCGUCCAGUUCGUCUUUUCUGUUUGCUACCUUUUUUUACAGCAUAUGCCACCGACGGAAGGGAAGAGGGAGAACGCUGCAGCAGAAAAAAGGCAAAUGAGAAGUACAAAGACGGGGUGGAGGGGCGGGGUGGUGGUAUAACUCCGCCCCCGGUCUCAAGCAGCUCGCAUUCCUUAUUCGCAACCUUCCAGAUUAGAAACCGAGAAAGACAGAAAGAGGGUACAAGGAGAAAGGCGAGCACAAUGACUAUGGCAUUACACAGAACGUCUCAGCUUUUGAAAAACGAACAUCGCACACCUCUGAGGGCGCUUUGGGCAUGGAUCACGGGCACUGUAGUCGUAGUACUGGUCAAUGACGUUACACCUGGUCUGGGGACAAAAUGAGGGUUAUCUACAUCCAGAACGCCGGCUUCGUUGCUGCUUUCUCGGGAAGCACUGACGGUGAUGGUUCUUCGUUUUAUUUUUUGACUUCGUAAUAUAGGCAGCAUUUAACAGAAGACUAUAAACACUACCCUGCGUAAUUUAGCACGGCCAAGGUCUAUUGACCAUGCCUCUACGCGAGAAAAGAACGAAGAAAAUUAUUAUAUGGUAUAGUCAAUGUACUUCGAAAUAUUUUGCAUAUUUGCGUCUUUGAGAUUUUCUAAAUAUUGUGCAUUAUCAUCCGUAGGAUACGCAAGGACGCUUUGUCUAAAAUCGAAAGUAGAGAUAGAUGCUUAGUUGAGGUAUUUAUUGUGUUAAAGCUAGAACCAUAAUUAAUCAUACUUUUUACAUUCAUCGUAGGUGCUAAACAAUUUCAUCUCUGAAAUAUUGAUGUGUAAGCAAAUAGCGAUUAGUCCACUUUUUUUCUUUGUUUCUGCCUUUGAAUGCUGGAGCUGACAGUAGCCUACUGUACUGGACACGUUAGGAGUCGCGAUACUCCCAGCAAACUAAAAUAUGACCAGGAGAACAGUGGCCAUAUGAAAUUAAUAAUGCAAUUAAGAUCUGAAUCGCAGUUCAUUUGUUUCUGAUCACGCAUUGCUCGUCUUAAUUUAUUUAUUUAUUUGUUAAGCUAUUAUUAUUAUUAUUAUUAUUAUUAUUAUUAGUAUUAUUAUUAUUAUUAUUAGGCUACUACUAGUUUUACUACUAUUACUACUAGACUACUACUUUUGAUGAAAUUGGGUAAAUACACAGACAUAGAGGACGGUCGUGGAAACAGUCAAGGUUGCACUUUUUCCCGCGAGAUGGAAACUGACAGCCUUUCACCGCAUCGGCUAUCCCGUUACGGGACAGAGAAGUCCUGGGGAGACCAGUCGUCUCCGCGGUUACCUGCCGAACGUCCCGCGGCAGAAGCACUGACAGCGUGCGACAGCAGAAGGGGGUCAGGUGUGAAGAAACACCAGCACAAGCACAACCUGAAGCACCGCUACGAGUUACUGGAGACGCUCGGAAGGGGGACGUACGGAAAGGUGAAAAAGGCCAUCGAAAGACACUCCGGUAGAGAGGUGGCCAUUAAAUCCAUUCGUAAAGAGAAGAUAAAGGAUGAACAGGACAUGGUGCACAUCCGCCGAGAGAUCGAGAUCAUGUCUUCUCUCCGACACCCCCACAUCAUCUCCAUCUACGAAGUGUUUGAGAACAAGGACAAGAUCGUGAUCGUGAUGGAGUACGCCAGCAAGGGCGAGCUGUACGACUACAUCAGCGAGAGGCGUCGGCUGAGCGAGCGGGAGACCCGCCACUUCUUCCGACAGAUCGUCUCCGCCGUGCACCACUGCCACAAGAAUGGGGUGGUGCACAGGGAUUUGAAACUGGAAAACGUGCUACUGGAUGAAAACUGCAACAUUAAGAUUGCGGACUUUGGGCUCUCCAACCUCUACCACAAAGACAAGCUGCUGCAGACGUACUGUGGCAGCCCACUGUACGCCUCGCCAGAGAUCGUGAACGGAAGGCCUUACCGCGGACCAGAGGUUGACAGCUGGGCUCUGGGAGUUCUGCUCUACACACUGGUCUAUGGAACCAUGCCAUUCGAUGGAGGAGACCACAAAAACCUCAUCCGCCAAAUCACCAACGGCGAAUACCGCGAACCUACCCAAUCUUCAGACGCGCGAGGGCUGAUCCGCUGGAUGCUGAUGGUGAACCCGGACCGGCGGGCCACGGUGGAGGACAUCGCCAACCACUGGUGGGUGAACUGGGGCUGGAAGAGCAGCGUGUGCGACUGCGACUCCCAGCGGGACGCGCCGGGGUCCGGCGGCUCGCCCAUGCUGGCCCGCUUCAUCGACUGGCAGAGCCGCGCCGAGCCCCGCCCGGCCCGAGCCGCGCGCCCCGAGCCCCCGCCGCUCUCCCGCCAGCGCCCCAAAAAGUCCAAGAAGGAGAACCACCGCGGGGGCUCGGCUGGGUACGACCUGGGGGGGGAGGAGGAGGAGGAGGAGGAGCAGAAGGCGGGGCUGAAACGGCUGAAGGGGAUUCUGAAGAGCAGGCCCGGCGGAGAGCUCGGCUCUCGCGGUGACGUGGAGUUGGGCCUCUCCCUACGCCCCCAAGAUGGCGAUUCCGGGUCCAGCCCCGAGCGGGAGGAAGAGGAGCACAUGGUAGGCGGGGGCUCGCCUCCCAAAAUGCCCCCGGCCCUCCCCAAGAAGGGUAUCCUGAAGAACAGCCAACAGCGCGAGUCUGGCUACUACUCCUCCCCAGAGCGCAGCGAUUCCUCCGACCUGCUAGGGGGCGCCACCACCCCGUUCCUCUCCCGCGCCAGCUCUCCCUCUAAGAGGGCGUCCGGCCGCAAGGGCAUCCUGAAGCGCAACGGGAAGUACUCCGCCCACCACGGCGGCGUGCAGCCGGUCGCCGCGGAAACCGGCCACAGGGACGGCCUGUCUCGAAGCCAGAGCAGGCCCUCCAGCAUCGUCGUGGGCGACGACGAGGGGGUGGGCCUGCCCGGGGGCGCGUUCCGCGGGGCGGACUGGCCCCCCGCGGCCCCCCGCCCCAACAUCAGGGCCUGCGUCUCGGCCGAGGACCUCCUCCAGAUGGCCAAAUUCGGGGGUCUCCAAGCUGUCCCGCCCCUGCCCGGGGGGAGGAUGGGCCGGGUGGGUCGCAGGGGGUCCCCGGGGGACAACGGUAGCUUCUCCCUGCUGGGAGACCUGGACGACAUGACUGAGGUGUACCAGCAAGCCCUGGACAUCAGCAACAACCUCAACUAGGGGCUGGGAGAGGGUUAGGGCGGAGUCACACCGGGGGGGAGUUGUGUGUGUGUGUGUGUGUGUGUGUGUGUGUGUGUCUCUCUCUCAGGCACCAUGUUGUAGGUUAUACUUGCCUGUAAGCGGGGGAAACCCCUCUUCCAAUACACACACACACACACACACACACACACACACACACACACACACACACACACACAGUCACACACACACACACACACACACACACACACACACACACACACACACACACACACACACACACACACACACACACACACACACACACACACACACACACACACACACACACACACCUCUCUCUCUGGCCCGUCUGUGGACCCUCAGUUCAGGGCCUUUAAACAAUGUGGACACUUUGGAGUUCAGCCCUUUCUCCGCCCACAGACAUUUUCUGUGUUCAGAUGUUUACACACUCAGAAGACAAAUCCCAGUCUUCAAACAGUACAGUAUACACACACACACACACACACACACACACACACUGCAAUACACACACACAGGGUGAUUCCCAGUCGGAGUUUACUCGAAACACCCAGAUAGAGCACACUUCUAUUUUUACCGAUUCUUCCCGAAAACAAUGAACCAGGGUCAAUUUCCAAAUAAACUGCCAGUGUUGAUAAUUGAUGAUUUAAUUUAGUCAGUAUGGUAAUGCAGAACUAAAACUGGUGUGGCCUGGCUUUAUACUGUAAGAGAUCUAAGCCCAGUGUCUCCAAUUCUCCCAGUGGAACUGACAUAUGAGAUAGCUAUGGACACACAGUUCAUGUCUGAUAAUACAAAAGUGAUUCAUAUGUGAUACACGAGGCCAUAUAUAUGCAUCAUAAUGAAAACAUGUAUUGUGUUAGAAAUUAUGUCUAGUGUUAGAAAUUAUAUAUGCCCUCCUGUAGCAAGUGCCUUUUGAAUCCAUAUGAAAUGUAUGUAUGUCAUUUCCUGAAUGUAGAGAGGAAGUGAGGCCAGGCUAAUGGUUUCCCAUAUAUGGGCGCUGUCAGAAUUUUUAGCAAUGGAUGAGGUAAGACCCAGAACCUAAAAAACUGGGAAGUCCCACUCAAAAAAAAAAAACACCAAUGCAAAGGGUUGUGGGAAAUGUGACAGUCAAGUCUGUGUGAAAUCAGACAGGAUAUAGAUCUCAGGCCUCAGAAGGGGGUCUCUGUGCUCCCCUGCAUGGACCCACUCACAGGUGUGUUGUGGAAGGUCCUGAUUUGAAUACAGGUGUGCCCCUCUCACCUUUGGUAGAAAAUGUCCAGAGGUUGAGAGCUGAAGUCUGACAUUAGUGAAUGUUCAGACAUGUUCAGUGUGGAGAGCGCCUGGCAAGGGAGAUAAAAGGAUGGGGGUUCGAGAUCCAGGUGUUAAAAUGCUUUUCGCUUGUCGAAAAUGAGUCUUGUGUGAGCCGUAGUCUGUUUUUAAAACCCAGAGGGCUUAAAUUCAAAGGGGAGGACAGGACUUUCCCAUAAUCCCCCUUGGCUUGCUAUCAGACGAGGACUGUUGCCGUUGUCACAGUUACUGUUUAGACCCGAGGAGAGCUGGAUCUGUGUCAGCUCAGUAGAUUACCUGGAAAGUUAUAGAAACAAUGGCGGGAGGCAUGUUUGCAUUUCUUUUUCUUUUCUUUUCUUUUUUUUCAGGGAAAAUGGUGUGUUCUUUAGACUAGAUCAAUUGUCGCUUUCUCAGACAUUAAUGCUAGUGUAAAAAAAUCUGAGUUGCAUCUGUUUGUAAGAUAAAAUAGCACAGAAUAAAUGGUUUUCUUUUGGAAAGUAAGAGAGUAGAGGAGUGUAGAGGCGUAAGAUGAGCCAAGAUUAAGAGAUGUAGGUUAGACAAGUACAGAGAGAGAGAGCGCGUUCCGUUUGGAGGGAAAGGGGUUAUAUGUUGGAGCAACAUUUUCCCCAGUUUCCCUCCAGGAAAUGUUUAAUGGUAACUCAGCUGAGUUUCGGGAGAGAGAAGCAGAAAUGGAGAAGGGAGGUAGAGAGAUGGCAAAUGUGAAUAGUAAGUAGAAAAGAGUUACAGUAAGUUUUCUUUUUGGACACCAAAGAGGGGGGUGGAGCUUUAAAGUGGAGAAUCAGAACAGCUGUAAAAGAGAUUAAGCCUGUGCGAUGAGGACCUCGGGAGCGUGCGAGGUAUUGGCUAUAUGUAAAAGGAGGACGAACGCAGCCAAAUGAUUAUAUUUUAAAAAACACACCAAAGAGCCUGAAAUGUAGUGAUUUAUUAUUGUCCAUUUCUUGUGUGGCUUUUGUAGCAUAGUGUAGCUAAUAAGGAGGUGAGAGGAAAUGCCUGUUCUGGAAGAUACUUUUAUUUUUGGUUCUCCCCUGUGGCAGGGGGAGAUUAGGUUGGUGGGUGUGGGGGUGGGGGGGGGCACUUGGACUGAGCGACUAGGGCCAAAUGCAACAAGGAACAGAUGGAACACAGUUCAUAUACAGCACACCGCUGCAGUUAAUUCCCCUGCUGAGAUGCUCUACGACAGGGAUCUCACACUCCAGGGGCUACAGGUUUAACUCCAGUUCUGGAGGACCGCAGCACCCGCUGGUUUAACUCCAGUUCUGGAGGGCCGCAGUGUCUGUAGGUUUAACUAUAACAUACAGGUUUUUAGUGCCUAACUUUGAUCUGAAACCAAUUUGGACCAUGAGAACAAGGUGCGUGGAUCAUUUUGCCAAUCAGUUAGUUAAAUUAUGCACGCGCAGGAAGUGCUAGAACACAUUGAAAAAUCAGCAGACGAUGCAGCCCUCCAGGACUGGAGCUUGAAGCGGUUACAUUGAGUUUGGCGUAAACAGAUCAGCGUAUAUGACUGUGUGUACGGCUGCUUGGGGUGUAGCCCGUAAUGUCUUUCUGGAAUGGCAUUCCUUGCAUGUAAACAACAAGAAUGCAUUGAAAAUCAGUGGCAUAAGUAGUCACACCCUUUUCUUUUCAAUAGAAGAACUAGCAAUGUGGAAUGCAAGAGGGCAUUCUGGUGGAACCCAUCAAAAUCACAUCAUAUGUUUUUGCAAAAGGCCAUGUAUCACGGUGUCCUGGGCAUUUAAAUGCAAAAAAAAAUGAUAAUAAAUAAAAAUGUUUCAUAAAAAUAUUGAAAAACGAAAAAAAAAACAGGCCCAUUGUGUAUGGUAGUGCUUAUCGUAUUGUUUAACUGGAUUUACAGUGAUUAAAUUAUACUAUGUUAGUAUUUUUGUUUAUCAUGCUUCUGUUUUUGAUUCUACAAAAUAUAGAAACUUUGUAUUUGCGUUAUUUUUAUGGCAGAAAAUGUACUGGUAUUCUUGAUUUUGCUGUAAGCCUCAAUUUACGGCUGGGCCUCCACAAUUGCGAUCAGUGGGCUCGCAUUUGAACAGCUGUAGAAUGACCCAGCUGUGACUGAGCAGCUCUGGGUUUGGCAAAGAGCUGUGGCUCAGCCCAGCUCUGCCAAAGCAACACCAAGGACCCCGAGGCCUCACCAGACAGAUCUAAUCAGAUGCAAGCCCAUUUUCUGCCAAACUGGAAGUACCUGGUACAUACUCAUUAGCUAGGAGGAAGUUUAAUUAUAGUUAAAACUUGACUGGAUAUUGUUAUGAGGAUGACGACGCUGACGAUGAUAAUAGUAUUAUGUUAUUUAAGUAUUCUUUUUUUUUUUUUGGUUACUGUACUUUACUGUCAUUGCUAUGGCCAUGAUUAUCCCUUUUGGCAUCGGUUUGUAAGACCACAGAGUGCCGAGGCGAUUUUAUGUUUAGUGCCUUUUUGCUGUCAAUCAAGAUCAUGUUAAUUAUUAUAAUGAUAAUUAUUAUCAUUGUUUGUUGUUUUUUUUUAUACUUGUAUUUAUUGGUGUUAAAGCCAUUUUAUUUGGUGUGGUGCUACCCCGCCCAAGUUAUGUGACCAUGUUUAAAUAACUCGUAUCAUCAGGAGGUGACAGACCUUGGAAGGGGGCGGAGACUUUGCCAGGGCAUCAGAUGUAUCCAUGGUGACUGACAGAUUUGUAGUCCUCUCUCAUGGUUCACGGUUACCAGUGGAAUUGUAGUCCUUCUCUGGGCUCUGGGCAAUCUGUAGAAAAAAAAUAAAGUUUGAGAAAAUCAUGUACAAGGGAUUGCUACUCUCGGUCUUCCUACUACAACAAUGGCACUGCAAUAACAACUCAAAUAAAUGGAUCAUUUCUAAAACA